AUGCUCAAGGUGAGCGCCUGGCACGGCCUCGUCGGUGUGUGUGAAUGUCUAAAGGGGGAGGUGCGGGUUGGACAUCUGGGGUUCCCUCACGGGAGGGGCGAUCGGGCUCGGAAUGGGCUGCCCAGGGAGCUCGGGGAGCCACCGGCCUCGGAGGUGUUCAGGGAUCGACUGGAGGCGCACUCAGGGCUCGGGCUGGGUGACAAGGUCGGCCCAAAGAAGGAGGUGGCUGAGUGUAAGGAGAAAUUCGCCAGCUCAGUGGAUCCCACCGUCAGCCAGACCUUUAUGCUGGACCGAGUGUUCAACCCCGAGGGGAAGUCCCUGACCCCCAUGCGGGGUUUCAAAUAUUCCAGCUGGUCCCCUCUGGGCUGUGACGCCAACGGGAGGUGCCUGCUGGCCGCCCUGACCAUGGACAACCGCCUGACCAUCCACGCCAACCUCAACCGGCUGCAGUGGGUGCAGCUGGUGGACCUGACCGAGCUCUACGGCGAGCGCCUCUUGGAGGCUGGCUACAGACUGUGCAAGGCUGACGCUCCCUGCGGGGAGCUGGGAGAUUUCCCCGAGUUCCAGCGGCGGCACAGCAUGCAGGCCCCGGUGCGCAUGGAGUGGUCGGGCAUCUGCACCACCCAGCAGGUCAAGCACAACAACGAGUGCCGCGACGUGGGCAGCGUGCUCCUGGCCGUGCUCUUCGAGAACGGCAACAUCGCCGUGUGGCAGUUCCAGCUGCCCUUCCUGGGCAAGGAAUCCAUCACUUCCUGCAAUACCAUCGAGUCGGGAAUAAGCUCCCCCAGCGUGUUGUCCUGGUGGGAGUACGAGCACAACAACCGGAAGAUGAGCGGGCUGAUCGUGGGCAGCGCGUACGGCCCGGUGAAGAUCAUCCCUGUCAACCUCAAGGCGGUCAAAGGCUACUUCACGCUGAGGCAGCCCGUGGUCUUGUGGCAGGAGAUGGACCAGCUGCCCGUGCACAGCAUCAAAUGCAUCCCUCUCUACCACCCCUACCAGAAAUGCAGCUGCAGCCUGGUGGUGGCUGCGAGAGGCCCUUACGUGUUCUGGUGCCUCCUGCUGAUAUCCAAAGCGGGGCUGAACGUGCACAAUUCCCACGUGACGGGGCUCCACUCCCUGCCCAUUGUCUCCAUGACUGCGGACAAGCAGAACGGCACGGUGUACACCUGCUCCAGCGAUGGCAAGGUCAGGCAGCUCAUCCCCAUAUUCACAGACGUUGCUUUAAAGUUUGAGCACCAGCUGAUAAAGCUCUCGGAGGUGUUUGGCUGUGUCAGGACUCACGGAAUCGCCGUCAGCCCCUGCGGGGCGUACCUGGCGGUCAUCACCACCGAGGGCAUGGCCAACGGGCUGCACCCGGUCAACAAAAACUACCAAGUUCAGUUUGUCACCCUCAAGACUUUUGAGGAGGCAGCUGCACAGCUCUUGGAAUCUUCUGUUCAGAACCUUUUCAGGCAAGUGGACUUGACGGAUCUUGUGCGCUGGAAAAUCUUGAAGGAUAAGCACAUUCCUCAGUUCUUACAGGAGGCACUGGAUAAAAAGAUAGAGAGCUGUGGUUCCACUUACUUCUGGAGGUUUAAGUUGUUUCUCUUGAGGAUUUUGUACCAGUCGAUGCAGAAAGCCCCCUCAGAGGUCACGUGGAGACCUUCACACGAGGAUGCCAAAAUCUUGAUAUCAGAUUCGCCUGGGAUGGGCAGCACUGAAGAUGAUCAAGAGGAAGGAACUUCAAAACAAGCCAGCAAGCAGAGCCUGGGGGACACAGGCAAAGGUGUGGACAUUGAUGACACUGCAGAGGAUUCUCUCCAUCAGUCAAGUGACACUGGAGGCCGUGAGCCAAUGGUAGAAAAACUUCUUGAAAUACAGGCACAGAUUGAGGCUGUAGAAAUGCACUUGACACGAGAACACAUGAAACGGGUGUUGGGAGAAGUUUACCUGCACACGUGGAUUACAGAGAACACCAGCAUUCCCACCAGAGGAGUCUGUGACUUCCUAAUGUCUGAUGAUGGCUACGAUGACAGAACAGCACGAGUGCUGAUUGGGCACAUCCUGAAGAAGAUGAACAAGCAGACCUUCCCCGAGCACUGCAGUUUGUGCAAGGAGAUCCUGCCCUUCACCGACCGCAAGCAGGCCGUGUGCUCCAACGGCCACAUCUGGCUCAGGUGCUUUCUCACCUACCAGUCCUGCCAGAGUUUGGUGUACAGGAGGUGUUUGCUUCACGACAGCAUUGCACGGCACCCAACCCCAGAAGAUCCUGAAUGGAUCAAGAGGUUAUUGCAGGGACCUUGCACCUUCUGCGAUUCUCCUGUGUUCUAG